CCGAUCUCACCACGAGUUGCACUACGCCACCGCAGCCGCGGUGCAUGCCGGUAACUAGAGUUCUCGGCCGCGACUGCAUCGUUGCGGCUGCAUUGGUGCUGCAUCCGAGAGCUGUUUAUUGAGGUCUCAUGCGUUGUAUAGAUUCACCGCAAUGGGUGGAUUCACGUGUUGCGUGCCAGGAUGCUACAAGAACAGCCUGAAGCACAAGGGCACCAGUUUUCAUGUGUUCCCGAAGGAUACGAAGCUCCGACAGAAAUGGGUGCGACAAAUAAACAGAGUCGGACAGCGCGGCAAGUUUUCACAGUUCGUCCCUACUACUGGCCACAAAGUUUGUGGCGACCAUUUUGAAGGAGGCAGAAAAUCAUACAUGGUUCGGCCUGGUGAUGCAACUCACUCGCAACAGCCAGAUUCCCCUGCACCCUCACACGAGGCCAGCUGUGACGAUGGCCUUACUAACAGCACUGGAGAAGAGCCAGUAGAAGUUCAGCAGGACUUAUUUGCGGAACACUCCUAUGCAUAUGAUAAAGGAGACGAACCACUCAGGCAGCAGCUAGAAGACAGUAAAAAAAGCAAUGGUGAAACAAUGAAAUUCUGCAACACGUUACAACAGAAAAACAGGUGCCUAAAAUUGGAGUUAUCGUGCACUUAUAAUCAACUGAAAGAGGCUCGUAACAGAAAGGAAAACGAGUUUAAUUAUGAUGCUCUCGUGAAAGACGAGAAAAGGCUCAAGUACUACACUGGUUUCAAGACGCAAAUGUUGCUGGAAACUUUCUGGUCCUUACUGGAAGAAGAUGUCAACAGUCUUCAAUUUUGGAAAAUGAAGGAAACGACGAAUCAAGACAGGAAGUUCGUGCUCGAUAUGAAGACUCAGUUGAUUUUGGUACUGAUGCGUCUUCGGCUGGGCCUCGACGGUGAAGAUCUUGCCUACAGGUUUGGAGUGUCAACAAGCACGGUGUCACGUAUCUGGAUAACCUGGCUUGACUUCCUGAACAACAAGCUUCGCCAGGUGCCAAUAUGGAUGCCGUCCCAGCUGUGCGACAAAUACCGACCUCAGGUGUUCCUCGCGAAAGGCUACGACACUGUAGAUGGAAUAAUGGACUGCACAGAGAUUUUCAUCGAGACACCGUCGUCAUUUCGGGUCCAAAGUGAGACGUUUUCCAACUACAAAAAACACAACACAGCGAAGGGUCUCAUAGUAUGCAGCCCCAAUGGUUUUGUUGUGUUUGUAUCAGACCUAGCACCUGGACGUCUGUCUGACAAGGCCCUCACCAACUCCUGUAAUGUUUUAGAUAAGUUUUCUCCAGGACGGAGCAUAAUGGCAGACCGUGGCUUCACAAUCCAAGACGAGUGCAAGGCACGAUCGCUGCAUCUGAACAUUCCACCUUUCAUGGAUGGAAGGCCGCAACUCUCCGAGAAAGAUGAGGAAGAAACAAGACGCAUAGCAAGUGUGCGGAUACAUGUUGAGAGGGUCAUUAGGAGGGUGAAGACAUUCAAAAUUUUGUCGCAUGUAUUUCCAAACAGCAUGGCAGAUCAGCUGAACAAGAUAUGGCACAUAUGCGCUCGUUUGACUAACUUUGUAGAUACGCCUUUGCUGUAGAGUU